AUGGAUCGCCAUGCAAAGCCAAUGCGCGGCGGAUGCGCGGCGAAUGUCUUGCAUGAAAGGGAACUGCGAAGCGAAAUAGUAUGGACUGUCAUUAGUAAUCACACUGAGACGGCGACUUCGUGGAAGUCAAAAAUGAAAUUCGACGAGUUUCUUUUCAGCAACUUGGGCGAGAUUGGAAAGUACCAGAAGAUUCAAUUUUUUCUCGUAUGCCUUCCAUCAAUCAUCGUUUCGAUGCAUGCGCUCAGUUGGACUCUGGCCGCCGUCCCAGUGCCCUAUCGAUGCGCCUUACCAUCAGAAACUCAUGACUCACCUUAUUACUCGAACGACUCACGUCUGAAGCUAACUGAAUGCAAAGGAUGGGAUGGAGUUCCUGUUUCGAUGAAUGCAUCUGGGAGUCCCAAAGUCCAUUGCUACUACGAGCAGCAGUGCGAAAUCGGUGGCGAAACAUGUAGCGAACAUGUUUUCGACAGAUCAAGGAUCGUAUAUUCAGCGAUGGAUCGGUGGGAUCUCGUUUGUGCUCGUGGUUCUAAUCGUGCCCAUGUACAGCUGUUUUAUUAUGUUGGACAAAUGAUUGGCUCGGUCGUAUUUGGGAUGCUUGGAGACAGAAUUGGACGCAAGAAAGUUCUUAUUCUUGCUAUAAGCACACAAGUUACUGCCGGUCUUCUCAGUGUGGUUGCUCCUACAUGGUGGUCAUUUGGCUUCUUGAGGACAUUCCUUGGUCUCUCACAUCCCGGGAUUUUCGUUACUGCUGUCGUCAUCGGUACAGAACUAGUAGGUCCAAAAUACAGGAAAUUGGCGUCUGUCAUUACUGGUAUACUUUUUGCUGUCGGCCAAAUUAUCUUGGGUAUUGAAGGAAUGUUUAUAACACAUUAUCAGAUCUUGCAAUCAGUCAUAACCUUAUCUGGACUUAUAUUUUUAACUUAUUGGUGGGUGAUACCGGAAAGUGCUCGCUGGUUAGUAACACAGAGAAGGUAUGAGGAAGCAGACAAAGUUUUACGGCAUGCUGCGAAAGUCAACGGAGUAACGUUACCUGAAAAAUGGUGGGAACAACUGGAUUCCGAAAAUGCUGAAAUGAAAGGAAAGGAAGUGAAGAAGUAUAAAGCUUGGGACUUGUUGAAAACGCCGGUGCUGAGGAAGAGAGCUUUGAUUGCAUUCUUUUUAUGGCCAUGUGUUUCAAUGGUUUAUUACGGUAUGGCCUUGAAACCCAAUGUACUGGGAGGUGAUAUGUACAUAAAUUUCGUAUUCGCUGCAUUAGUGGAAAUUCCAGCACUUGUACUAGUCUUUUUGGGUCUCGACCGAAUUGGUCGUCGUUUUGUUACUAGCCUUGGAUAUUUUCUUGCUGGAGCUUGUUUACUUGUAAAUUAUUUCAUGGGAGAUAAUGUGCCAUUAGCAGUUUCAAUCAUACAAAUGAUGAUCUCCAGAGGUGCCAUUACCGGCACCUACGCAGCCAUGUAUACGUAUACACCUGAGCUUUUCCCUACAGUAAUCAGAAACACAGCAAUGGGUCUAUGUAGUAUGAUUGCACGUGUUGGAGCGAUAUCGGCAACAUACCUCAGCUUAUGGAUUGCGGAAUUACCGAAUGGCAAGGUUUACAUGAUCAUCCCGUUCGCAGUCAUGGCUAUCACAGCAGCCGUUCUCACGCUUUUCGCCUUGCCAGAGACGAUGGGCACAGCAUUGCCUGAAACUAUUGCCCAAGUAGAAGGCGAAGAAGAACCGUUACCACAAGAGCUCCAGCCUCUUCGGCCAAAAACGACAACGGAGGAGGACGAAUCAAAUCUCAAAUCUGGGGAAACUGAACAUACCAAUAAUACGCAAACACAAAAAAUAUCUGCCAUUGAUGAGAAUGACUAGUCAGUUUGCAUGGUUCUUAAAUCUACAAUUUCUGUUGAUAGGAACUUCUUCAAUCGGUUCUUCUGCAUUUUCUCGAGUACAAGUUUUCAUAUUACUAGCACAAGAGAUCUCCAAAAAUAUAAUGCCUUGACCAUUUUCGCUUAGUUCGAGCAUUUCUCAUUUACAGUAAGAAAUAACUCCGUGGUGAUAUGAUCCAGUGAUAUUGUUUAGCAUUUUCUCACAUAUUCAGAUGUUUUUGAUAAUCUGUGGUUCAGUUAUAGUCAGCAUGUAUCUUCUAUCAAUUUUAUUUUGAUUUGAAAAAUGUUAUAACGGCUGUAUUAUGAGCAUUCAAUGCAUUAUUCAUUUAAUCGUUUAUAUGUCUAGAGGAGGAAAGAAUGAUUUCGUACGAUUAAAAGGAA